AUGCAGCGAUGUCCAUUGCAACUCCUCCGGCUCCCUAGCUCGCUGCGAACACACUAUGCCUCCCAAUUCCUCACGCAGACUACCCAGCGCGGCUUCAGCACCUCCAUCGCGCGAUAUGCUCAACCGUCCAAACCGACGUCCGACCUCGAGCGCCGUAUCCAAGCCAUCCCCAUAUCGCGAUUCCGCAAUUUUUGUAUCGUGGCUCACGUCGACCAUGGGAAGAGCACGCUCAGUGACCGAUUGCUGGAGCUGACGGGUACCAUAGAGCCUGGUGGCAACAAGCAAAUUCUGGAUAAGCUGGAUGUCGAGCGCGAGAGGGGCAUUACGGUCAAGGCACAGACUUGUAGCAUGUUAUACAAUCAUGAGGGCGAGGAUUACUUGCUGCAUUUAGUGGACACGCCCGGACAUGUGGACUUUAGAGCUGAGGUCUCAAGAUCGUAUGCUAGCUGUGGAGGAGCGCUAUUGCUGGUCGAUGCAAGUCAGGGUGUGCAGGCCCAGACGGUGGCCAAUUUCUACUUGGCUUUCUCACAAGGACUGGUUCUGGUACCGGUUAUCAAUAAGGUGGAUUUACCGUCUGCGGACUCGCCGAGAGCAUUGGAGCAGAUGGAGACAGCAUUUGAGCUGAAACCUGAGAAUGCAGUCCUGGUGUCUGCGAAGACGGGAUUGAAUGUUGGAGAUAUCCUGCCGAAUGUGAUUAGGCAGGUACCUUGUCCGGUUGGGGAUCAUAAGAAGCCUCUGAGACUGUUGCUGGUAGACUCGUGGUACGACAAUUAUAAGGGGGUAAUUUUGCUUGUGCGGAUCUUUGAUGGGCAGAUUAAGGCCGGUGACCAGGUAGUGUCUUUUGCUACUGGGCUGAAGUAUUUUGUUGGUGAGGUGGGGAUCAUGUAUCCUGACCAGACACCGCAGAAUGUGAUACGUGCUGGUCAAGUGGGAUACAUAUACUUCAACCCCGGUAUGAAGAAGAGUCAGGAGGCUUUGAGUGGAGAUACGUUCACGACUGUAGGCUCAGAACAUCUCGUUGAGCCAUACCCGGGAUUCGAGGAACCGAAGUCUAUGGUGUUCGUCUCGGCUUUCCCUGUUGAUCAGAGUGACCAUGGGCAUCUGGAGGACUCUAUCAAUCAGAUUGUCUUGAAUGACAGGAGUGUUACUCUGCAAAAAGAGUCCUCCGAAGCUUUGGGUGCCGGCUGGAGGCUGGGAUUUCUGGGUACGCUUCACUGUUCUGUCUUUGAAGACCGUCUACGACAGGAACAUGGAGCCAGUAUCAUUAUCACGCCGCCUACUGUACCCUUCAAGGUCAUCUGGACUGAUGGACGGGAAGAGAUCAUACAGUCACCAACAAACUUCCCGGACACAGAUUCAAUGAGCCAGAAGAUAGCAGAACUACAGGAACCCUAUGUCUCGGCUACAAUCACUCUCCCCGAAGAGUACUUGGGUAAAGUGAUCGAGCUUUGCGAGGCCAACCGUGGCGAGCAGAAAGAGUUGAAUUUCUUUACUGCUACCCAAGUCAUUUUGAAAUAUGACUUGCCCCUCUCACAGCUAGUGGAUGAUUUCUUCGGCAAGCUGAAGGGCGGCACAAAAGGUUAUGCAAGUCUCGACUACGAAGACGCAGGAUUUAGACGCAGCAACAUCGUCAAAAUGCAACUCCUAGUCAACAAGGAACCCGUCGAUGCGGUAGCCCGAGUAGUCCAUAGCACACAAGUUGAGAGACUGGGACGACUCUGGGUGAAAAAGUUCAAGGAGCACGUUGACAGACAGAUGUUUGAGGUCAUCAUACAAGCCACAUCCGGACGUAGGAUCGUGGCCAGAGAAACAAUUAAGCCGUUCCGGAAAGAUGUCUUGCAGAAGCUCCAUGCCGCGGAUAUUGGCCGCAAAAGGAAGUUGCUUGAUAAACAAAAGGAAGGCAGGAAGAAGCUGAAAGCUGUUGGAAAUAUUACGAUCGAUCAUAAGGCUUUCCAGAAAUUCUUGGCUAAGUAG